ACCAGUAGGCCUUCUCUUGUAGUGGUCUGGAUCUGCUGGAGUUCAGUUACAGAGGCAGUCAACUACAUUCAUUCUUUUCCCCGCAGACUCCUGAAACAUAUACUAUUGAACAGAAUGCCUGGACCCGCAGCUAGUGCGACAAAUGUUGGCACCUCCAGCCGUUCCCCCAGUAAGACAGUGGCCCCCCGCACUGCCGGCACCUCAGCCCGACAGAGGAAAGCCCCUAGCAGCAGUGCACGCAGCGGAGGCCGAUCCACAGCAUCCGCUGGCACAGGAGGGAUGUGGCGCUUUUACACUGAGGACUCACCAGGACUUAAAGUUGGUCCGGUUCCAGUUUUGGUGAUGAGUCUGCUCUUUAUCGCAUCUGUAUUCAUGCUGCACAUCUGGGGCAAAUACACCCGCACCUAAACCUGCAUGACCUCUGGACUCUGACCCUGAAGCCUGUCACCGAAUCUUAAGCCAUUGGACUUGGACCAAACUCUGACCAUCAACACCCCAAUCCCUUUUUCUUUAUUAAAACCUCCAUUUCACGGUUUUUUUUUUUUAUACCCCCAUACAAGUUUACGCAGCCACUACAACCAUUUGGUAAUUUAAAAACCAUCAGUUUUUGCUUUAGUUUUUUUCCCCCCACUCACCAGAUCAGGACAUCUCUUUUU